GAAUCAGAACCCCUCGAUUUAUAAAUCAUUGGUCAUUUGCCGCCAUGGAAGGACAGAGAGAAAAACAGAGUGCUUCGAUCUAUUCUUGGCUGCUCUCCUCCUCCAGCCUUUUUGCUUCUCCAACCCAAUUACAGAGCAGUUAAGCAAUGGCGAACGAUCAAAUGAAAUCCGUGGCAUCCUUGCUUUUGGUCCUCAAUUUCUGCAUGUAUGCCGUCGUUUUGGGCAUCGGCGGAUGGGCCAUGAACAGAGCCAUUGAUCAUGGCUUCCUCAUUGGACCUGGGUUCGAACUUCCGGCUCAUUUCUCGCCGAUCUACUUCCCGAUGGGGAAUGCUGCGACGGGAUUCUUCGUCACGUUUGCUUUGAUCGCCGGCGUGGUGGGUGCCGCUUCAGUAAUCUCCGGUUUAAACCACAUCCGUGCCUGGAAUUCUGACAGCUUGCCUGCUGCUGCCUCUGCUGGAACCAUUGCCUGGACUCUCACUCUUCUCGCCAUGGGUUUCGCCUGCAAACAAAUCGAGCUCGAAGUCAGGAACGCCCGUCUGAGAACCAUGGAAGCAUUCAUGAUCAUCUUGUCGGCGACGCAAUUGCUGUACAUAGCAGCCAUUCAUGGUGCUGCUUCUCUCAGGAGAUGAAAACCAAUGACAAUCUGGAGAUGCAUAUAAUUAGAGUGUGGUGGUGUGCCUUUCUUUAAAUUCUUUUCAGAGUGACUGUCAAUUUGUUUCGGUAUAUAUUCCAUUUCCUUCUUCCGGAUUCAUUUCAAGGCUCCAUGAUGUAUUCUUUUGCGCAGAGAGUUUCCAUUCGGUUGUGUGAUUAAUGCUGGUGUGUUUGGAGUUUGCAUCAAACAAAUAAAAAUGAGAAUUUGUGUUCCCGUAUACCCUUUCACCAUUGCUUGCUGCACAAUUUUAUUGCUACCUUGAAGACGAAGCAAGCCAAGGAUCCA